CGCACUGACAGUCUGCGGAGUUUGGAGCGGAGUCUGUCUGUCUGUCUGUCUGUCUGCGGCUCUGGCUCACGCGUGUCUUUACACACACCUUCUGUCUGUCUGUCUGUCUGUCUGUCUGCGCGUCUCCAGGUGAUGGACGUCUAAAAGAUCAGAAACCAUCAGCUGUCCAUCUACAUUUCCUGCGCAACAGAAUAAACACUCAUCGUAAUGGGGAAGCAGAACAGUAAACUCCGUCCUGAGAUGAUCCAGGACCUGGUGGAGAGCACUGAUUUCACCGAGGAUGAGAUUCAGGAGUGGUAUAAGGGCUUCCUCAGGGACUGUCCCAGCGGUGCACUCACCAUGGAAGAGUUCAAGAAGAUCUACGGUAACUUCUUCCCGUACGGAGACGCGUCCAAGUUCGCCGAGCACGUCUUCCGAACCUUUGACGCCAACGGGGAUGGAACGAUAGACUUCCGAGAGUUCAUCAUCGCGCUGAGUAUCACGUCGCGUGGCCAGCUCGACCAGAAGCUCAGGUGGGCUUUCAGCAUGUACGACCUGGACGGCAACGGCUACAUCAGCAAGGCCGAGAUGCUGGAGAUCGUACAGGCCAUCUAUAAGAUGGUGUCAUCGGUGAUGAAGAUGCCAGAGGACGAAUCCACACCCGAGAAGCGAACAGAGAAAAUCUUCCGCCAGAUGGACAAAAACCGUGAUGGUAAACUGUCUCUGGAGGAGUUUGUGGAAGGAGCAAAGAACGACCCGUCCAUCGUGCGGCUCCUGCAGUGCGACCCGAGCAGUGCUGGGCAGUAAAAUGGGCAGAGCGACGCCCCCUGCUGCACAAAACCCAACACUGCAGCGCUCAAACCUAAACACACAGAUUUACACACGGAUCAGUGUGAGAGGGAAAGUUCUAUGACCAAGAGCUGUCUGCUUAGAGCAGCACACAUACACAUGCACACCACACACACACACACACACACACACACACACACAUGGACUCAGUGACUUGAGUAUAUCUCUCUGUUCGGUGCAUACGCACUGAGACAGGAAAUGGCACCUUUACACAGGAAGUGCUGGUGUGAAAUGUACAUAUUGUGUAAUAUAGAUAUGAAUUAUGGUACGUUCCAUUCCACAAAGACGACGUCUAGGAGGUAUUGAAAAACUAAUUAGUAUCAUAGUUCAUUUAGCUGUGUCAUUUUUAACUACGACUUCAUAUGUUGUUCAGGGGUUCUUGUUUUUUCAUAAAACUUUAUCCCUUGACCCAAGGACUUAACGUUCGAAUGGCCACCGGUUUGGUCCCCUAAAGAUGGAGGUGUCAAGGUCACUUCAGAAUAGACAAACUGAUGUGACGUUAAAUGUUUCGAUGUCAGGUAUGAGGGAAAAUGUAUUAGAAACGUGUAUGUGUUACAUAAAAACGUGCGGCUGUUCAUGUGCUCAGUGAUCAUAAAGUGUCAUCGCUGUGGUGAGGUCUGAUCAAAAAACACUUUGUUAUAGUUAUAUAGAAGAUAUACGAUGCCUUGAGUCGAGUUGAGACGCCCACAAUAACGCAUGAGCAGCAUUAGCUAAGUUAGCCAGGUCACUAACAUUAACAUUAACGUCACCGCUUUAGCAGUAUUUAUCAGGUGUUACUAAGGGUCAUGAAGCUGUGAUACAGUACUGUGGAGUUGAUUAUUUCCCGAUAACAACACACCCCAAACGGUUCGGAGUGUUUUAUUCCUCUUACACCGCAGCAAUCUGGCCACAAUUGCAAUUUUUUUAAUUUAUUAAAGAAUAUGUCUGACUUAUUAUCUGUUUAUAGUUACAAACAUGUUCUCACUGACAUUAUAGAAACUGUAAACAGUCAUCCUUCUACCAGCCUGUCUCUCUCUCUCUCUCUCUCUCUCUCUCUCUGUGUUUCUCACACACACACACACACACACACACAAAUUCAGGUAUAUAGUGUUUACGGGGACAUAGCCACUACCAUGGUUUAUGAGGACUCACCUUUCUUAUCAUCCUACCCAUGAAGUUCACAUGAAAUAUAUAUCUCUUCUCUCUCUCUCUCUCUCUCUCUCUCUCGCUUUCAAAUUUAAAGUUCCAGCUUCACCUCUGACUGUUACAGCGCUGACACUGAAAGCUCCUUCCAGAAACGUUAAACAAACACAUUUCUCUUUACAGAAAACUUCACCAUGAUCUAGAUCUAGAAACAAUCACAUAUUUAGCAGUGCUGUGGUGUAAAGUGGACACGUUUGCUAGCAGGCUAGCUCACAUUGCUCACACUCCGCCCAUCCUGGCCCUCAGCAAACUCGGAACGUGAAUCUGAGCACAACUUUCUCAGGACCUUCGUAUGCUUAUUAUAUUUAACGCUCAUCACAUAGCAGACACUUAUUGAAAUUGACGUAAGAGUGAAGCCUGCGUUAACCGCUAACUGUUUUUCAAUGUUACUAUCAAGAUCGAGGUUAGCCUAGCACGGGAACAGGUCUAAUCCCGUUUCUGAUGCACUGUGAUAAAUCAUAGAACGUAAUACAUCAUCAACCUUUUGGUUUCUUUUUUCGAUCAGACCUCGUUUGUCGUGUUUAACAUUGCUGUGAGUGCAUAAUGUGAGAGUUUUGUCCAGUUUGUGUGUGCUCAGAAUAUCAGAAAAUGUUUUUGUACUUGAAUACAUGACUAACGAUGACUAACAUGGUGACAGUCUGUACAGAGAUUUAUCCACAAUAAAUAAAUAAAAUGGCAAAAAUAGAAACAAGUUGAAAUGUUUCCUGUUUAAAUAUACACAUCGACCGAUUUACACGCCUGAUUAGCAGUGGACAUGUCAAGUUUUCUUGACUUACGGUUUUCACCAUGUAGCAUCAAACAAGCUGACUAGCAUAGCUAACCUCGUUACAUUAGCUAGCUACAUUUACAACAUCAACGUAAUCUAAAUUAGCAGAAAGAUUCAUAUCUAAUUCAUGACUCCAACAGUGAACAUAUACGUUAAAGUACGAGAACGAAAAUCUCUAUUUAUAUUUAAACGUAAGUAAUAUUUAUUCUUUUUAUUCUUACUGGUGAUGCUUCUGUCACACUACGAGAUUUGUUAAAUUGACCAGUUUUUGUUUGUUUGAUGUGAAUUGUGUACCACAUGUUGUUUAAUGUCCACUGUAAUGUGAGUCUCGGCUCACCAAUGUGAAGAAAAAUGUUUUUUAAAAAAAGAUUUAUGCGCAACAAUAUUUUAUAAAUGUUCCAAAUGAAUUAUAAAACAAA